AUGACGUGUUGUCGGAAGCUGGAUAAGCGCCGCCGGGUGGAGUCGCUCGCGCGGGGGCUGCUCGAGCGGGACCCCCGCAAUCCGGCGCUGUGGGUCGCCCUCGGCGAGGCGACCCGUGAGGCGGCCCACCUCUGGAAGGCCUGGGAGCUCUCCAACCACAAAAGCGCAUCCCCGAUGCGCGCGCUUGCGCGGCUCGCGUUGGAGCGGAAGAACUACAAGGAGGUCGUUCGCUACUUCGACGAAGCCGUUCGGAUUAACCCGGUCUUUGGCGGGGAUUGGUUUACUCUGGGCUACGCCUCGCUGAAGCUCCGGCUCUGGGCGCGCAGUGGCGAGGCCUUCACCCGGGUCUGCCAGAUCGACCCUGAGGAUGCCUUCGCGUGGAAUAAUCUGGCUUCGAUUAUGCUCCAGGAGAAUAAGCCUCGCCUUGCGUUUAAUGCGAUGAGCCAGGCCCUGCGCAAUAACCGCCGGGACUGGCGGAUGUGGUGGAAUUAUUUCCACAUCGGCACCCACCUGAAGGAGGUUUUUGAGACCACCAACACGCUGAACAUCAUCCUGGACAUCGGCAAGCGCCACGUGAUCCUGGACAACGACGUCAUGAAGAUGUUUGUCAGCCACACCAUCGCCUACCUCAAGGGCGAGAUCCAUGGCAGCGGCGCGGCUGAGGCUGGAAACGACGGGGAUGCUAUGCAGGAGGAUGCGGUGCGGUUUAAGAGCGCCGGGGGCGGGAGUUUGGCCUCGAUGCGGUCCGACAUCGCGCAUACCCCGGUGGUUCUGGAAGGCCGCACCCACGGCGAGCCCACGGACGACGACGACGGGGAUGCGGGGGUCGGGGUGGAUUUGGCGCCGCUCGGGAUGGACUCCGCGGACGUCGAGGCGUGGGAUGGGGGCUCGGCCCAGCGGGCGCGGGACGACGACAACGCCGCCGCGCAGGCUGAGAUUCGCAGGCGUCAUGAAAAGCGCGUCCGGGAUCUCUUUGCGCGGCUUCUCGAGAACUUUGUCUCCGAUCCGGAUCUCUACGGCUGCACGGCGCGUCUUUUCCGCUACCUGGAUGGUCCCUCGGCGGGGUACUACUAUCGCGUGAAGGAGCUGCGUGCUUGCCGCCAAAAGCAUCACUGGGAGCGUGACGAUAAAUUGUUUAGGCGCACCGUGAAAAGUUUGGAGGGGAUGGUGGACGACGCGCUGGCGAUGGCGGGGGACCCACGCGACGCGUCGCCGGCUUUGGGUGCUCAAGCGCCUUCCACCAAUCCGGAGCCAGUGGAGUCCGGCAAUUCGAUUAAUCCGUCGUCAGCCGUGGCGGAUGAGUCUUGUAUGGGAGAGACGGCCUCGCGACCGACCGGGGGGGAGCCCUCGGGGACUGCGGAAACCUGGGCUUCGACGCGGAAGUCCGCGAUGGAUACCCUCGAGGAGACUUUACAAAACAUCAGGGUGGUGUUGAGCUCCACGGAGGAAUACAUGGAAUUCACAGAAGGGUUUGCGCAUCUUCGCACGCUAGCCGUUCGUGUAAAGAAUGCCCUUCAGCAAAUGCGACCACCCGGCCUUUGA